AUGGAGACCAACAAUCAAACCUUUCCACAAAGAACCGUCCAACAAUCAAUAAUACCGACGAAACCGAGUCAACCAGUCCAGACUCUCCUAUCUCCUGCUGGAUUCCCACCAUUUAGAAGCGGAACUGUGCCUAAAGAACCAUCGCCAUUGUAUUCAACUCCUCCUCCGGCUAGCAAUCAAUCAACGUCCAGUACGACUACUACGACGCAAGGGAGUAGCAACAAUGCUGUAUCAAGUAAUAGCAGUAAUAGUACAACAACCACCAAUGCACCAUCUACAGCAUCGCAUCCGCCAAUACCGUCCACCCAUAAUGUAAUGCCUCAUACAAUGGCUGCUUUCACAAUCCCGUCCAAUACUCAAUCCACGGCAAUAGGUCUAGCACCGUCUCUGCUACCUCCACCACCAUCGCAGCAACACUCCAAUAAUAUAUACUCUCAGUCGCCACAACACCAUCCUCAGCAACCAGCACAGAUCAAGACUGGAUCAAACCAUUUGUCCGGAACGGGCUCGCCAUUACCACCGCAUCAGCAGCAACGGAAUACGAAUAAUACGGGGUAUACGAAUACCAGUGCUGGGAAUACUCGAGAUCAACAGCAUCUGUCACCUGGUAGUGCUAGCAUGCCAGCAACUACAGCACCACAACCAACCGCAAACCCAUUCGCAUCGUCACAGCAGCCAUCGAUAUAUGCCGCUCCGCCUCUUAAAAAGGAUGCUGCUCCUGCUCCCUUUGGUGCGAGAGGUAGAAUAGGCGUCCCACAGAAUAAUAGCAGCAGUAGUAGUAAUAACACGUCACCGCUACCCCCAAUACCAAUCUCACCGUAUACAACCGCCGUGUCUGCAAACAUGUCGUCGAUACAAAACAUGGCGCAGUCGAAUAGCAAUAAGGGGUAUAGAGUCGCGCAUGCUAUGGAUCAGGCAAUGUAUGACGAUGAAUCGCAAAUGAUGAUGACUAACAGUCAUUCGGGAGUCAUGUCGCAUCAUCCUGCUACGUCUGCAAGCAAUAGCAGUCUGAUACCGAGACAAGUCCAUGAGGAUCAUAUAGUGAGUGAAGAAGAAGCUGCUUGGAAUAAAAAACGUAAAGCCAUACCGCAGGAAGAAACGCUAGGACAGUUCCUAGGUCUGCCCAAACAACAGCUGCAUCAGUUUCAGUUACAGCAGGAUGAUCGCAAGAAACGUAAAGUGGGAGAUGUUGUCGUCAUUAACGAUGAUUCGCUGUGCAAGAUACCGGAUGGAGUCACUGAAAAGUUUUUGGGACAUGUAGUGUAUACAGGUGCUACAGUAAGGGGUAGCAAUAUGAAACAAUUUUUGUUGCCGCCAUUCUCGACACGAGAUCAUUAUGCUACUAUUGAAGUGCGUGUGCCCGCAAAGUACCUGUCAGUUAAAGAUAAUAUUGCUGUCGCUAACAUGGCUGUAUGGGGUACAAAUGUAUAUACUGAUGAUUCAGAUGUGGUCGCUAUGGCUGUACAUGCUGGGUUCUUCAGACCGUAUGAUGGUGUCAAGGUCGAUGGUGCUGGUGCAAAGAGUGAACCGAAUAGUGCUGCUGGAGUGAAGGCUGAAGUUAAGGCUGAAGUCAAACAGGAGAGUCAUGUUGCUAAUGAUGCGAAAGAAGACGCUAAAUCUGCCGAUGCUUUGAAUGAUAUAGUAGGAGUAGGGACCAGGUCUGAUGAUAAACAAGCGAACAAUGUCAAUAAUAGUAGUAGUAAAGCGUUAAAGAAUGGCACACCAACACCACCACAGCAAUCCGAACCAGUAUAUAAUCUCUUUGAAGUACAGCCACCAUCACCAACAAUACCAAAACAACGACUACUGCCUCCUCCACCGUCAGAACCCAUUCAAGGGGAAUUCAACCCGAAAACAAAUACACCAUCACACGAUAUAUCAGUCACAUUACGUAUCUUGCCACAACUAUUGCAUUACUAUCCAUCAAUGAGACAUGGCAUCACAUCUCGAGGAUGGGGUAGUAGUCACGAUGGUGAAUCACUACGAGUAGAAUCCGUGACGAUUAUAAAAGAUAGGCCACCUGUAGAUUCGUCUGGACGUAAAACUGGAUCUAAGGAAUGGAAUGUCUUUGCCCGUGCUGUUGCUCUAGAUAUGCUUGGAGUAUCUAGUAAUAAUAGCCCACAGCCAAUGACACGACCACAAGAGGGAUGGGAGACUGAAUACUCGUUAGGAGGAGGUGUCACCGUUGUCUUUUCACCUCUUACAGGAGUAGCAUGUCUGAAAUAUGCAGCCAAGAUAUUACUAGAUUGGCCGCCGCAUCUACGGGACUUGUAUGCAGCAAUCCAGAACCCUGUAUAUGGACAAGUUGUGUCUGUGGAUGGGGAUAGUGCUGAUGGCUUUUCGAGAGCUGAAGUACGACAUGCUGGAUCUGAAGGGUGGCCGUACUGGAGGCUGAAACUGAAUCGUGGUGACGUGUUGUGUAUAGAGGAUUCUGAUAACAAGGGGUAUAUAAUCAAACUGGAAUCUGCCACCCAAAAGAUAAUUUUGCACGAGCAAGGAGGAGCAGCAGCAACAGCAGAUCAAGACGAUGCUUCGUCUUCCAACAAGAAAAAGGAUGUCAAGGGUAUUACAUGUGAGCAAUUGAGAUGGGAGCCUGAAGGACUGUAUAUUAUGAAUGGUGGUGGUGUAUCGAAUCCUCCUACUCUGAUUGCUGCUGAGCGUGUAUACUGGAAGAGCAGGCUGUCUGCUGCUGAGGCUUCAUUGUAG